AUGCUCUUUCUUUUUUUUUUGCUUUUCUUUUUUCUUUCUUGCUUAUUUUCUUCUUCUUCCAACUUUUGUUCAUUCUUUCAUCUUACCUCUCUCUCUCUCUUUUUCUUUCUUUCUUUCUUUCUUUCUUUCUUUCUUUCUUUCUUUCUUUCUUUCUUUCUAGUUUAUUUUCCUCUUCUUUACUCCAAUUUUUGUUCUUUCUCCCCCUUCUUUCUUCCCUUCCUCCCUUCCUUCAUUGUUUAUUCCCUUCUUCGUUCUUCAGACGUUCUUUCUUUCUUUCUUUCUUUCUUCUUUCUUUCUUUCUUUCUUUCUUUCUUUCUUUCAAUUUUUGUUCUUUUCCCCUUCUUUCUUUCUUUCUUGUUUACUUUCUUCUUUUUACCCCCAUCUUUUCUUUCUUUCUUUCUUUUUUUCUUUUUCUCUCUUCCUUCCUUCUUCCUUUCUUGUUUAUUCGCUUCUCCUUUCUUCCUUCUUUUCUUUCUUUACAUCCCCACCCACCCUCGUGCCUCGCUUUGCCCGUUUGCUCCUCUCCCCUCAUCAGCAACUGACUUUUUCUUCUCUCCAACAAGCAAUUCCUACCAACCUGCCCCCCCCCCUCCGCGUUCUGCCGUCACACCAAAAAGGACCCGCUGGAACAGAGCAGUCGUUUCUCGUACAGGGCAGUCGACUCACGUACAGGGCAGUCGUCUCUCGUCGUCCUCGUCGGCUCCCUCGGCCCCAACUGCCAAAGCCUUCAGGCACACUCAUUUUAUAGACCAUGACGAAGCAGCCGAUUGGUUGAGUGGGAGAGUUUUACAUAUGCGUAGGUGCAAUUCGCCAAUUCUCCCUUCUUCCAACUGCUCUGCGACACCAUACGCAUGUAAUGCGUGGGCGUUUUCGGGCAUAAUGACGCAUAUCUUGCUCACGACAAUCACAGGGAUUUAUAUUACAUAA